AUGGUCAUUCCGACAACCACUCGCGAGUACCGUCUCCCGAAGUACGAUGGCUACCACAAUCUAACCCUCAAAGAGGUCAGCCUGCUUCAGCCGAGGGCGAACGACGUCCUCGUAAAAAUCGUCGCGGUCUCUCUGCAAUUCCGUGACCUUAUGGUCUCGAAGGGAACGUACCCGCUCGGAAAUAAGGAGAACGUCGUCCCAUGCUCCGACAUGGCCGGCGAGAUCAUCGCUGUUGGCGCGGACGUCGAGGGCUUCAAGGUGGGCGAUCGCGUUUGCGCGAACUUUGCGCUCGACCAUGUCUACGGCGACGUGAACGAAAAGAUCAAGUGGACGGGGCUGGGUGCACCCAUCGACGGGGUGUUGACCGAGUACAGGAACUUUCCGGCGUAUUCCCUGGUCCACAUUCCCUCCCACCUGUCCUACGUUGAAGCCUCUACCCUUCCCUGCGCAGCUCUGACCGCGUAUAACGCCCUGAACGGCCCUACGCCCCUGAAGGCGGGCGACGCCGUGCUCGUGCAGGGCACUGGCGGCGUCAGCGUCUUCGCGCUGCAGUUCGCCAAGGCGUCGGGCGCAACAGUCAUCGCCACCUCCUCUUCAGACGCGAAGCUAACAAUAGCGAAGGAGCUCGGCGCAGACCACCUCAUCAACUACAGGCAGACGCCGGAAUGGGAGAAGGAGGUGCUAAGGAUUACGGAAGGGAGGGGUGUAGACCACGUUGUGGAAGUGGGCGGCCAGGGCACAUUGAUGAAGAGCUUGGACUGCGUGAGGUAUGCGGGGUGGGUCCAUAUGAUUGGGUUCCUUGCUGGCUCUACGGACACCUCCGACGCCCCUCUCGUCGCGCUAGGCAAGGCCGCGAUGAUAAGAGGCAUCCUAAUUGGCUCGCGCGACCAGUUCGAGUCGAUGAACCGUCUCAUCAUCGCCAACAAGCUCAAGCCCAUCGUGGACAAGGUGUUCAGCUUCGAAGAGGCGAAGGAAGCGUAUGCGUACCUUGACAGUCAGAAGCACGUUGGAAAAGUUGUGAUCAAGGUAUCGAAGGAUUAAAAUGUAAGUCGGAAAGAAGAGAUGAUCUUGUACCGG